AUGUUUCAUGACAAUACAUCUGUUGUGUCUCUCUGUAGGCUGUCUGGCUGUCUGGUCACAGAGGAGGGCUGUACUGCUCUGUCUUCAGCUCUGAGGUCAAACCCCUCCCACCUGAAAGAGCUGGAACUGAGCUACAAUCACCAAGGAGACUCUGCAGGGGGACUGCUUUCAGCUGCUCUGUUGGAUCCCACAUAUAAACUGAUGAAGCUGAAUGUGGAUCAUGGUGGAGAGUGCAGGCUGAAAUCAGGGCUGAGGAAAUAUGCCUGUCAUCUCACCCUGGACACAAAUACAGCACACCCCAACCUGAUACUGUCUGAGGGGAACAGGAAGGUCACGUUGGUGGAAGAGAAGCAGCAUUAUGAAGACCAUCCAGACAGAUUUGACUAUCAUACCCACGUUCUCUGCAGAGGCUUAUCUGGAGGUCGUUAUUACUGGGAGGUGGAGAGGGAUGGUGACAUGGCUGACAUUGGUGUGGUGUACAAAGGAAUGGAGAGAAAGGGAGAGGAGGUUGACAGCAGGACUGGACUCAAUAGGAAGUCCUGGUGUUUAUUCUGCAAUGAUAGUAGUUAUGACUUUUACCAUGCUGGAGUCGGCAGUAUCAUCCCUCAUCCUCAUUCUAAGAGAGUUGGAGUGUAUCUGGAUUGGCCAGCUGGUACUUUGUCCUUCUAUAGUGUGUCCUCCUCUGGUACAGUGACACACCUUUACACAGAACACACCACGUUCACUGAACCCCUCUAUCCUGUAUUUGGGUUUGAGGUUUACUCCAAAUCCACCUCAGUGACCCUGUGUCAGAUAGAUGACCAACACAUUCAGAGGUGA